CCCCAGGAAAAAUAUCUAAAUCUUAUCCAUUUUAGUAUUUACAUAGUGUUGGAUCGCUAGUAUAUAAAAAUGAAUAUUCGCAAUGCCACACCUGCUGAUCUGAUGAAUAUGCAGCACUGCAACUUGCUAUGCUUACCUGAAAAUUAUCAAAUGAAAUACUACUUUUAUCAUGGCCUCACAUGGCCACAGCUCUCAUUUGUAGCAGAGGACGCGAAGAAAAAAGUGGUUGGAUAUGUUCUAGCUAAAAUGGAGGAAGAUCCUGAUGAAGACCCACAUGGACAUAUCACAUCACUAGCUGUUAAACGUUCUCAUCGGAGAUUGGGUCUUGCCAGGAAACUGAUGGAUCAUGCAUCUCGUGCCAUGGUUGAAUGUUUCAAGGCAAAAUAUGUAUCACUUCAUGUUCGUGUGAGUAAUCGAGCAGCAUUAGCACUUUACAUGGAUACUUUGAAGUUUGAAAAGAGUGAAGUAGAAACGAAGUAUUAUGCCGAUGGUGAAGAUGCGUAUGCAAUGAAAAAAGAGUUGACACAUUUCAUUGAUGGAUUUCCAAGGCCCCAAAAACUCAAAUUAGCGUUUAGAGAAAGGGGUGCAGGAGAUAUUUCUAAUAUGGUAACUGUUAUGAGUCCAACAAGCGAUAAUGUCGAAGAAGCAGAAAAUUUUGGAAAUAGGUGUCAGUAUGCAGAGGAUGACCUUUCUGCAAUUUUGCAACAAACAUUAUGAAAUAUUGUCAACAUUAACGUUAGGACAGAUUUAUUGCCAACGGUCAACCCUAGUUCAAAACAAUGUUUGGAAUGCUGGAAUUCUGAAUUGUCAUAUGCUUCCAACAAGAUAGGUGCACCGUUUUGAAGUAUGAGAUCUCCCAGUAGAAAAAUAGAAACUAAUCCUUGAUUUGAAAAAUUUUGAGUAUUAUUUAAAACUAAUAUAUUGGAUAACAGUUCUGCAAAUUUAAGGUUGUUGAUUAAUUGGAAAUAAUAAUGAAACAUGUUUGGUCCCGAGUCCCGACCAACAAUGCUUUGGUACCUAAUCAUGUAUUGAUAUUUACCUUGGUAGUAAUAUGGUCUACUACUUUGGGUUAUUGCAGAGACAAACUGGUAAAUUGAAGAUAGUUCUCAUGUGGUAUUUCAUUGAAUUUGAGUAAGAAGGCUUAUCUAAGUGUGUCAAUUCAAACGUCUUCUGGCAAUCGAGUUGGUGUCAAACCAUUUCAUUUAUAUUACUAGAUCCAAGUCUCCUGAGCCCUACUGAUUAAUUGAAUUAUGAAGUCUGUUGGAGGUAGACUAGUGAAAUUUGUCAAUUCUGAUAGCGUGAGCCAACAUUUUGAAAAUCAAAACCAGGACUUUAAAACAUUGAUAUUUACCUUGGCAGCAAUAUCCCGUAUUGUCUAUUUUGAGUACCGUAUAUGCUCGUUGUACCGCCCGAUCUUGAUUAAGGGCCCGUUUGAAUAGCCGCCCGUGUGAACAGAACAUAAAAAUAAAUAAGGGCCGCUGCUUGAAUAUCCGCCCAAUGUAAAAGCUGAUUUUUCAGUGGUAGAGAACAAUUGGAAACAAGCGCUUUUGUCACAACGCUGUUGAAUUUUAAGCGCUGGUAGAUAACACUCACGCCUUGGGCAGCCAAUUACAUAACAGAUAGCAUUGAUUAUGUAAUCCCGUGGUUCUGAAACUGGCAUCAUUUCAACGUGCGUUUGACGUGAAUCAAUUGACAUGAAAAAAGGAUUAAAGUCGUCAAAUAUUUGUCUUCAAAGAUACCGUAAUUUUUGUGUAUAAUUUUACUUUAAAAAUAACAAGCGCCCGUGCUUGAAUUAGGGCCGGUUUGAAUAAAGGCCUGGUUAGUGGGUUUGGUUAAAAAAAAUAUGGGCCCGGGAUACAAAACGAGCAAAUACGGUAUCUCAAAUAGUUUUUCUGCGGGUCAAAUCGUUUCGAUGACUAGAGUAGAGUCUAUGAAAAGGUUAAUCCCUCAUCUGCAGAACUGGGUAUGUAAUUGACUACACUUUGUAAAUUGAGAUUUAUAUGCCAGUGAUAAUAAAUUCUUAUCCAGUAUCAGCCUUGGUGUUUGGUAUUCAAGUUUGUCUGCUAUAUCCAUUUUAUAAAUUGUUUCCACCUUUUUACGAAAUUUUACUUUUAAGUCUGUUAUUUGCAUGUUCUGGGUGGGAAUUUGAAAUUCUUCACGACAAUAUAUAUUCAAAAAGCUGAG